CUCCAUCGUGUGUGUGUCCACUUCAGUCCUUUUGAGUGGGCGUGUGAGCAUCUCCCUCAGGGUUCAAACAUCAAACCGAGCGGGGCGGAAACACAGCAAACGAACGAUUCACAUUCGAUUUAGGGUUCAUCAGAAGAGAUGCGGAGACCAGGUCGACCGCGACCAGCCCCUGGAGGCUUCCUGAUAGCCCUGGCCACCGCCAGGAAGAGCUUCACACGGGCCUUCUGCUUCGGUGGCGGUAGUAGCAGCAGCGUUGGGAAGCGGCUGUUUCGGAGCACUGCGGCGGAAUCGUCUGCGAAAGCUGAGACCGGUCCCCGCGGUCUUGCAACCGCGACGCCGCCAGAGUCGCCCUUCCCGCCCGCCGGAGACGACGGCGAGCUCGAGUCGUUCUUCUUGUUACGGCAUGGGCAGACCAAUUUCAACGCCAUAGGGCGUAUCCAGGGAACGUUGGAUUCGUCGAUCCUGACGGAGGAAGGCAUCUCGCAAGCGUUGGAGGCUGGCAAGACGCUUGCCUCAUACGCCGACCUGGACCUGGGUCCCACGGUGGUAGUUUCUCCGAUGGGCCGGGCUCAGCAGACGCUGGAGUGCGUGCGGCAGGAGCUUAGGAAGAGCGAGAUUAGCAAGGAUUUCGAGACUGUGGAAAUCGUGCCAGACAUUCGGGAAAUCGAGCUCUUUGAGUGGCAGGGACAGCUUAAGGAAGACAUAAUCAAGAAUAAUCCAGAGCUCUACGCCUCGUGGGUGGCAGACCCGUCCAAUUUUAACUUUUCCGGGAGAUACCCCGCGAGAGACCUGUGGAAAAGGGCCAGCAACGCCUGGGACCAGAUCCGGUCCCUCCAGUCCGUCCAGGACCAAUCGCGGACCCUCGUUGUCGCCCACAACGCCAUCAAUCAGGCGCUCCUGUGGACCGCCUUCGGCUGCGACACGACCUACUUCCGAAAGCUAUCGUGGCCGAACUGCGCGGUGCUGGAGCUGCAGUGGCGGCGCGGGGAGGCGAGGGCGGAGCGGUACCGGUGGGUCGUGCCCGAGGCGUCGGACUUUGUGGAGGCGGCGGACGCUGCGCGGCUUCUCAAGGACGGCGAAGACGACAACAGAUACACCCUUUGAGAUUGGAACUAAUCACCGCCGGCGGCGGAUUGUUCCGUCGGGGGGGGGUUCGCGGAUGAACGCGGUAUGGUGGGGUGUUGGAUGCGACGUUUGCUUUUGACCAGGUCGUCUGCUGGGUAACCGGUGCACCCUGUGAGGUUGGAUCGAUCACGCGUGGCGGCGGCGAAGACGACAGCCGACACACCGCUUGAAUUGAUAUCACAAGGCGGUGGUGGCAACGGUUACGCAGCGGGGGGGGGGGGUCGGAUGCGAAGCAGCCCGCAGAAAAGAACGUGAGGGGGGCGCGUCGUCGGCUGCUUUCGUUCGGAAAUAUGCCGUCGUUGUAUGGAAAUGGGUUGCAGCAAAUGGGAAAACCACGACUUAUAUUGCAGCUUGCUAUUUUGACCAACGUCGUCUGCUAGGUGGUGUGUGAUAGGGGAAUGGGAUGCAAACCGUUGAGGAUGCUUUCUAUGUGCGUGGGCCGUGAUUUUUGAAAGGGGCGAGCGAGCGAGCGAGCGCCCCCGCAAGGUAUGGGAUGUUUUUGGGUGUGUGUCUUGAAAGCACGUUUUUUUACGGCGGCCGGGAGCAUUAAGAAACCGCCAGGUGAAGAACGAAGCCGUUUCUCGUAAAAUCGUCUAACGAAGUCGAGUUGAUGUUCUCCAGCUGAACACAAACAAGGCCAAGGAGUGCUUCGGUGUGAUUGUCGUUGCAGCCGCGAUGGCUGUCUUUGUAGCGUGGGUGUUGCCAUCAUAUACUGGGGGGUACCGCAGUUCUCGUAGAAGGCUUGACGCAAACAGUGUUUUUUGUUAUCUUCGCUUUUUUCCAUAGAUUAGACUAGACAGAGGCGGUUUCUUUUUGUUGUGGUUGUAGAAGGAUGGGGCGGGCGCCAUGUGGAGCUUUUUUUGUCUGUGAAGCCAAGAACGGUGUUCGCUUGCGUGCUGGCGUCUGCUAUGGUCAGUGAAUGGUGAAACGAUAGGGGUGUGUGUUGCGCCAUGUGUACAGCAGACGAGUGUUGGAUCGGCUUGUGCAGUUGCCAUGAUGCAUUUCGUGCGUUACAACAAUGUGCGAGCAAGUGUGUUGUUGGUUAGCAUCGACCGCGCUGCUGACCAAGUGCCCAAUGACAGCACAUAUGGUACCGUGUUUGUGUCUUUUUCUCGUUUGUCUACAGUAAUAUGUGCUUUGCCAUGUUCGCUGGCGCCAUUGCGGGCCGCUGCCAGUGUCAAGCGUCUCUCGCUGGUGUGAAAUGUUGGCUAAUCCGCUCUUGCUAGGUGAACAUUCACGUUAUUUCUCUGACAAGUUUUCGGAGCGGUGAUGCUAGUCUUCUUGACAUUUUUUUGGUUUGGCGAAGAAUGGGUGACGCUGUUCUUUUUGACAUUUUUGGUGAGGAGUUGUCAGUUGACCAUGGAAGAAAGAAACAAACGCAUGAAACGCACAGAGCACUGUUGGCAGUGAG